AUGGGGGAGCACUGGGGGAGCACUGCAGACACUGCGCCCAUCCGUGACGUCAUUCCCGCGCCACCGGAGCAGCGAUGGCGGCGCAGGGAGGGGAGGAGGAGGAGGCGCCGGUGCCGCCCCAGAAGCGCUUUUACCGCCAGCGUGCGCACUCGAACCCGCUGGCGGAUCACACCCUGCGCUAUGGCGCUGGCGGAGCUGUUCCCGCAGCGCCUGGCGCUGGGGCUGGAGCUGCGCGGGAAGGUGGCCGAGUUCACCCGGGCGCGGCUCCGGGCGCUCCGCGCCGCCCGGCCCGGCCACUUCGGCAACGUGGCCUGCGUGAGGGGCAACGCCAUGAAACACCUGCCCCACUUCUUCCACAGGGCACAGCUGUCCAAGCUGUUUUUCCUGUUCCCCGACCCCCAUUUCAAGCGCACGAAGCACAAGUGGAGGAUCAUCAGCCCCGCCAUGCUGGCCGAGUACGGCUACGUGCUGAGGCCUGGGGGCCUGGUGUACACGGUGACAGAUGUCCCUGAGCUGCACCAGUGGAUGCUGCAACAUUUCGGGGAGCACCCCCUGUUCGAGCCCCUGACCCCUGCCCAGCUGGCCGCGGACCCGCUGGUGCCGCUGCUGCCGGCGGUGACCGAGGAGGGGCAGCGCGCCCAGCGGGCUGGGCGGCCCCCCCGCACCGCCGUGUUCCGCCGCCGCCCCGACCCCGGGGCCCUGAGGGGCCGGGGAGGCGGACCCCGCCAGCCCCGGGGACCCUCCCGCGUUUUUAAUAAAGCCGCAAAGUGUCCCCAAGCCUCGUCUUUCCACGCCCCCAAAAUCCACCCGGGUGUGUGUGGGGUCACUCCCUCCCACGGGGGCUGCUAG